CUCGUCAUUACCCAAUCCCAUAGUCCCACGUCGUGCCCGGUUCUUUUCUUUUUCUCCGGCGCAACCACCACAGUGAAAAAAAAAAAACAUUACCUGGUUCAGAUCCGAACUUUAUCUACAAAUUACUUUGCUCUGUCACAAAGUUGCCAAUGAUUGGGGGUAGAAACCUAAUCUUUUGAGAUUUAGGUUUAAACAUUGCAAACGAUAACAAUUUAGUACUAAUAUAAAUAAACACACAAGUUAAGAACAAAGAUGCGUUUUAGAUAGAUAGUAGUACUUAUCACCAUUCAAUCUACCUAUCCACACUCUGCACUGCUAUGUUCUGAGCGCCAAGGCAAAGACAACACUACAAACAGAUACACAGAUCUAGAUGAAAGAGCAGAAAGUGAGCAUUUUCUUACGUUAGAUUCGAUUCGCCGUGGAGCCAAUUAAGGCUCUGAGAUGCACCAUACUUCAUUUCGGGUUCCGCUCUUCGGUGGCGAAAUUCAGUGGGAGAAGGAGAGAUAAUUCCUCACUGGAAUAUAUAAACACACACCACUACUAUCAUUUCAGUUUAUCUGUGAUUUCAAUUCUGCCCCCCACCUACUUGCAUUGUCCACAACUGGGUAAUGCACUGCCUCUUGAAUCUGAAGACCCUAAUUAGGUGAUGAUGGCGACAGAGAAGACUGCUGCGACGGUGAUGGAGGCGGAAGUGUGUUCGGUGACGUGCUACUGCUGCGGGCUGACGGAGGAUUGCACUGCGCAUUACAUUGACCGCGUGAGGGAGAGGUAUCAGGGUCGUUGGAUUUGUGGACUGUGUGCUGAAGCAGUGAAGGAAGAGGGUUUGAAGUUGAAAGAUGAUGAUGUUAACACCGAUGAAGCACUGAAGCGCCACAUGAAGUUCAGAUCUUUCACUUCUAGUCCUCCCAAAAAACCCACCCAAGACCUGAUUCAUGCAAUGAAACACCUUCUUUUUCGAUCUUUGGAUUCUCCGAGGAAGGAUGCUUUGACCUGUUCGCCACAAGCCAGUUCCCACACAUGUUUUUCAGCCGGAUCCUCUAAGGGAGACUCACAGGAGAUCAUCACCAGUGAGUAGUAACUGCUGACUUGGUGCAUGCAGGGAAAAAUUUUAGUUACUUGGUUAAUUUAGUAAUGUUUAAUUUUGUAUUUCUCUGUCACCUUGUUGCUUAGGUUGAAUAAUCUGUAUGUUCUGUUUCUGUUUUGUGACAUUUUUGAACUGAACGGAUGAUUUGGCAGGAGUUUUCCUCCUUCCUUGACUUCAGUCUAAAUGUCAUGAAUUUUCCUUUCUUUGUUUCUGUCUAUCUAUGGUUGACCCAGUUUAGACCAAGUAUGACACUGUUCUUCAAUGUUUAAACUAAGUUGCACAAUUUCUGA